GAAGGAAAGCAGAGCAGAGGAACAGAGUAGAGACUUAAGAGGAGAAAGAAAGAGGGCUUCCCUUCAAGACUCCUCACAGUGUGGAAGAAAGGAAGGUUAGAGGACAACUGGGACUGUAGGGGUUUUCAUCAGGAGAGACAGGAGACAAGCGGAGGCAGCGAUGCAGGGAUUUCACAUGGAGUGUGUUGGGUGUAUGUCUGGUGUUGUCCAGGUAACAUGGCUCUGGUUCAGACCCUGCCUGUGUCUGUAACUGACCACUCCAAGCCUCCCACCAGCCUCCACACCGUCACCCUCUCCCCCGUGGUCGGAGGGCCCUGUGGCCCCUGUGUCCCCGGAGCCACCAUGGGCUCCGUCAGCAGCCUCAUCUCUGGCCGGACCCAUCAGGAGCAGCGACACUGCCGGACUGCCAGCGAGUUCAGCUCUAAGCAACGCCGUAACACCCCAACCACCAGCUGUUUCAGGCUCCAGGGUGAUAGCAACACCCUGCGCAGCGGGAGCUCCCUGGAACAACUACUGGUUAUCAACAACCAGACCCAGCUCCAGCCCACCCAGCUCCAGCCGCCGCUACUGCCCACCAAGAAGCAGCCCCGGGCGGGUAACUCUGCUGGCAGGGCUGGGUGUGUGGCUGGAGGUGGUGGUGGUAGUGGAGGGAACUAUGGGUUUGUGAGUGAGGAGGUAGUGACUGUAGGAGACUGGAAUGAUAACCAUGUGGUGACGGUCAGGAGUCCGUGUAGCGACUCGGAGGAGAAGAGGGAUACCCGAGGUCUCAACGGGAAUAUCGGCGGUCCGCCGCCCAAACUCAUCCCUGUGUCGGGAAAACUGGAGAAGGUGAGUAUGGAGAAGAUUCUGAUCCGUCCCACCGCGUUCAAACCGGUGGUCCCGAAGAACCGCCACUCAGUGCAGUACCUCUCUCCGAGACCAGGGGGCAACCUCUCUGAGAGCCAGGGCAGCCUCAGCCUCCUCCUACCUCUGGUCGGCUCGUCCUCUUCCUCAGAUAGCAAGAGGAACUCGUACAGCGGAGGACGCAAUGCUCGCAGCAGCCAUUCCUGCUCUAUGUCAGACUCUGGCCGUAACUCCCUGUCCAGCCUGCCCACCCACAGCAGCACCGGCUACAGCCUGGCCCAUAGCGAGCCUGGAACUGGGAGAACCACCACCACAAACGGAGGGUCGGGGACAAAUGGAGGUCACGCCCACUCUACCUCCCACGGUCACUCAAACUCGGACAGCGGGCGGUCGUCGUCCAGUAAGAGCACUGGGUCGUUGAGCGGGCGAGGCCAGCCCCUGUCGGACAGCGGGUCGCCCCCGACCCUGGAGGGUUACGAGGGGGUGGUGAGGGACCUGGAGGAGAAGCUGAGGGAGAGAGACCUGGAGCUGCAGCAGCUCAGAGAGAACCUGGACGAGAACGAGGCCGCCAUCUGUCAGGUAUACGAGGAGAAGCAGCAUCGCUGUGAGAGAGAGCUGGAGGAGCUGAGACAGAGCUGUUCCUCUAAGAUGAAACAGGCUUCACAGAAGGCCCAGAGAGUACAACAGGCCUUACAGCUACAGGUGUUCCAGCUGCAGCAGGAGAAGAAGAAGCUUCAGGAGGACUUCUCCUCUCUGCUGCAGGACAGGGAAGUGUUGGAGAGGAGGUUUGCCUCCAUACAGAGAGAGCAGACACAGCUGGGACCACGCCUAGAAGAGACCAAGUGGGAGGUGUGUCAGAAAUCAGGUGAGAUCUCCCUUUUGAAACAGCAACUGAAGGAGAGCCAGUCAGAGCUGAGCCAGAAAGGUGGGGAGCUGGUGGUCCUGAAGUCCCAGCUGAGAGAGGUCAGGUCCGACCUCCAGAACAGCCAGGCUACGAGCCAGGAGGCUGGGUCGGCCCUACGAACACGCUCCCUGGAGCUGGAGGUCUGUGAGAAUGAGCUCCAGCGCAGGAAGAGCGAAGCCGAGCUGCUCCGCGAGAAAGUUGGACGCUUGGAGGAAGAGUUGGCCCGCCUCCGAGAUGCCCUGGCCAAUCAGGGAGGAGGUUAUCUUCCUGGAGGCCAGGCACCGGCCAAUAACGGCCAGUGUAUGAGCCUGCCCCUCCCCCAGGGGUGUGGGGGUGUGGGGGGUGGAAGUGGGGGCCCCAGCCCCACUAUGGGGUACCGAGAGGCAGAGGAGGGGAGGCUGGGGUGGGGAGGGGAGAGUGAUGAAGCCAAGGCUCAGAGGCAGAGUGCUGAAGCUGUGCUGGGACUCAGGCAACAGGUGGAGAGGCUGAGGGCAGAGCUGAUGUACGAGAGGAGGAGCAGUGAGGAGCAGCUGGGAGGAUUCGAGGAGGAGAGGAGGGUCUGGCAGGAGGAGAAGGAAAAGGUGAUCCGCUACCAGAAGCAGCUGCAGCAGAGCUACAUCCAGAUGUACAGGAGGAACAGAGAUCUGGAGAGGGUGAUGAGAGAGCUCAGUCUAGAGCUGGAGAACAGAGACGUGGAGGACUACGACGUCCACAGCGGCAGCAACGACAUACACUUCGAGGAAAUCACCGCUACUGAGAUCUAGAGGGACCACACAAGGGUGUCCUCUCGACCCAGUGAGAUUUAGAGACCAGACAGGGGCGUUGUCUAACCCCAGUGAAAUUUAGAGACAGGGGCGUUGUUUAACCCCAGUGACAUUUAGAGACCAGACAGGGGCGUUGUCUAACCCCAGUGAAAUUUAGAGACCAGACAGGGGCGUUGUCUAACCCCAGUGACAUUUAGAGACCAGACAGGGGCGUUGUCUAACCCCAGUGACAUUUAGAGACCAGACAGGGGCGUUGUCUAUCCCCAGUGAAAAUUAGAGACAAGAGUGUCCUCUCGUCCCCAUGACUAUUAGUGCCAGCACCCUGAUUUGAUCUGGUUUCCCCAUCACUGCUACUGAGAGGUCUGCGAUCAAAAUGGAACCCUAUUCGCUAUGUAGUUCACUUAUUUUGACCAGAGAACAGGGUGCCGUUUUUAAAUUUGCAUCUAGACUACAGAGGGUGUACCUGGACUUAUUCCCCUAACCACAGUACCAGCACUCUUUAUUUCUCUACACUUAGAAAAAAAGGCGCUAUCUAGAACCUAAAAGGAUUCUUCAUCUGUCCCCAUAGAAUAACACUUUGAAGA